AUGUUCAAAAUCAUCACCCUCGUUGCCUGCCUGACCAUUGUUGCCUCUGCCCAGUACUACGGAGGAGAGCAAGGAGCGCCAAAGGCCGCUGCCCACCACGACGAGGACUACAACGCCCACCCCAAGUACAAGUUCGAGUACGGCGUCAAGGAUGCCCACACCGGAGACCACAAGACCCAGUGGGAGUCCCGGGACGGAGAUGUCGUCAAGGGACAGUACACCCUGGAUGAGGCCGAUGGAACCCACCGCAUCGUGGACUACAAGGCCGAUGACCACAACGGAUUCGAGGCCGUGGUCAAGACCGUCCAUGGACAUCACUAAGUGGUGGAUUUAGGAAUCGGAACCAAACAACCGGAAGAGGCACGCAUUAAAAAUACGAGAGAACACUU